AUUCUAAUAACUACACUUAAUGUAAUACCAGAAUAUUCGGCCUAACUAACAAAAUAAAUGAAACCAACCUCAACCGCAGCUUGAACAUCAAACAUCGAUUGAUUGUCUUGGGUUGUUUCAGUUCGUGUGCGGAUAAAAUAGAUAUCAAAAAUUGGAUCUCGCCCGUAUGAAGGUUUUCGCUCAAUUAUGAAUUUGUAUUAAAUAGUUUUACACCAGAUAUUUGAUGCAACGCGGUAGUGCUCAGGAAAGUCUGUUGUAUAUUUUCGCAGCCGAAGCUUAUGAGACUUGUCGCAACAAAUCUAGACUGUUUAAUUGGUUGCCGCUACAGGAGCUUUUACCAUUAGGUAUUAAUGCCCUGAUUUUGACGCUCUUUUGUAGGACAAUUUAACUGAGGCUUUGACAGCCAAGAAGGGCUUGCAAGACACUGCUUCAGAUGUUGCUAAAGACCUAUUAGGGAAAAAGGCUAGAUACCUAUUCAUCCUGUUCAUUCAAUGUGAUCUGACAGAUUCGAAAACCGUCACAUUUGAGAC